AUGAUCUUCGCCGCCCGCCAACUUCAGGAGAACCGCCAGGAGUUGCGGACCCACCUCUUCCAUACCUUCGUGGAUCUGACGAAAGCCUUCGAAUCUGUGAAUCGUGAAGGUCUGUGGAAGAGCAUGCAGAAAUUCGGCUGUCCCGAGGGAUUCAUUUAGAUGGUGCUUUAGCUCCACGACGGCAUGAUGGCGCGCGUCAAGGAAAACGGAGCUGUCUCAGAGGCAUUUGCAGUGACCAACGGAGUGAAGCAUGGAUGCGUCCUGGCAUCCACCCUCUUCAGUCUUAUGUUCUCUGACAUUCUGAUGAACGCCUACUGAGACGAACGUCCCGCGAUCCGCAUCGCCUACAGGACGGACGGCCACUCCCUCAAUCAACAGCGGAUGCAUUUCCAAUCGCGCGUAUCCACAACCACUGUUCACGAACUUCUCUUCGCCGACGACUGCGCCCUUCGGAAGAGGGCAUGCGAAGAAGCAUGGACCUCUUCUCCGCUGCCUACGAGAACUUCGGUCUGGUCAUCAACACGGAGAAGACGAUAGUCAUGCGUCAACCGCCACCAAACACAGUCACUCCCCCCCAAUGCACCGCACAUUAG